AUGGACAGAGUCGUGAUGGCUUGGGUUGCUCUCCUCUGGCUAACAGCCGCGGCUGAAGGCCUCCAGGUCACGGUGCCCGACAAGAGGAAGGUGGCCAUGCUUUUCCAGCCCGCUGUGCUGCAUUGCCACUUCUCCACGUCCUCCCGCCAGCCGGCGGUCGUCCAGUGGAAGUUCAAGUCCUACUGCCAGGAUCGCGUCGGGGAGUCCCUGGGCAUGUCAUCUCCACGGGCCCAGUCUCUCAGUAAAAGAAACCUGGAGUGGGAUCCUUACUUGGAUUGCUUAGACAGCAGGAGGACUGUUCGAGUGGUAGCUUCUAAACAGGGCUCGACUGUGACCCUGGGAGAUUUCUACAGGGGCAGAGAGAUCACGAUUGUUCACGAUGCAGAUCUUCAAAUUGGAAAACUCAUGUGGGGAGACAGCGGCCUGUAUUACUGCAUCAUCACCACCCCUGAUGACCUGGAGGGCAAGAACGAGGAUUCCGUGGAGGUACUGGUGCUGGGUAGAACAGGGCUGCUUGCUGAUCUAUUGCCCAGUUUUGCUGUGGAGAUUAUGCCAGAGUGGGUGUUUGUCGGCCUGGUGGUCCUGGGAGUCGUCCUCUCCUUCGUCCUGGUGGGGAUCUGCUGGUGCCAGUGCUGUCCUCACAGCUGCUGCUGCUACGUCCGCUGCCCAUGCUGCCCCGACUCCUGCUGCUGCCCUCGGGCCUUGUAUGAAGCAGGGAAAGCAGCAAAGGCCGGGUACCCUCCCUCUGUCUCCGGUGUCCCUGGCCCUUACUCCAUCCCCUCUGUCCCCUUGGGAGGAGCCCCCUCAUCUGGCAUGCUGAUGGACAAGCCGCAUCCACCUCCCCUGGCACCAAGUGACUCCACUGGAGGAAGCCACAGUGUUCGCAAAGGUUACCGGAUCCAAGCUGAUAAAGAGAGAGACUCCAUGAAGGUCUUAUACUAUGUCGAAAAGGAGCUGGCUCAGUUUGAUCCAGCCAGAAGGAUGAGAAGCAGAUAUAACAACACCAUCUCGGAACUCAGCUCUCUGCAUGAGGAGGACAGCAGUUUCCGCCAAUCUUAUCAUCAGAUGCGAAACAAGCAGUUCCCUGUGUCUGGGGACUUGGAGAGCAAUCCUGACUACUGGUCAGGUGUCGUGGGAGGCAGCAGUGGGGCAAGCCGGGGGCCCUCGGCCGUGGAGUAUAACAAAGAGGAUCGGGAGAGCUUCAGGCACAGCCAGCAGCGCUCCAAAUCGGAGAUGCUGUCCCGGAAGAACUUCGCCGCUGGGGUGCCCGCCGUCUCCAUGGAUGAGCUCGCGGCCUUUGCCGACUCCUACGGCCCGCGGUCCAGCAGGGCGGACGGCAACAAACAGGAGCUCCGAUGCGGGAGCCGCUUCGAGCGCUCGGAGGCGCGGGCGCACGGGGCCCUCUACCAGGACGGCUCGCCGGAGGAGUACUAUGGGCCGCGGAGCCGCAGCCGGGAGCCCCUGCCCGACGCGGACCGCGGCUGGUCCUACAGCCCCCCGCGCCGGCGGCCGCCGGACGACGCGCACUUGCCGCGUCUGGUGAGCCGCACGCCGGGCACCGCGCCCAAGUACGACCACUCGUUCCGCGGACCCGGGCUGGAGAGGCAGGUGCGGCCGGAGGGCGCCAGCCGCGGCGGCAGCCUGGAGACGCCGUCGAAGCUGAGCUCGCAGCUCGGCCCUCGCAGCGCCUCCUACUACGCCUGGUCGCCGCCGGCCACCUACAAGGCGGGCGCGCCUCCGGACGACGAGGAGGACACGCCCGACGACACGUUGCCUCCCUACAGCGAGCUCGAGCUCAGCCGGGGCCCGUCCUACCGCGGCCGCGACCUGCCCUACCACAGCAACUCGGAGAAGAGGAGGAAGAAGGAGACACCCGUGAAGAAGACGAGUGACUUUCCAACCAGGAUGUCCCUUGUGGUCUGA